AUGAAAACUACCGAGAGAGAUCAGUUCGCUCGGCGACACUCGUCUACCCUACACUAUCAGACUUUCGACACCCCGCCACCCAAAGGCCGGGGAAGGCCCACCUCGCGCCAGUCCGCAUCCUCCGAUGGCUAUUCGAACCACCCGCAGAGCGACCCGCACGAUGACCACCCGCCGCCACACUCCCCGUUACCCAAGAUGCAAAUGGCGGUGCUGGCGAUGAUCUCGUUGUGCGAGCAGACGGCCUUCAAUUCCAUCAGCCCCUACUUGCCGGACAUGGCGUCUUCGUUCCCUGAGGUGGAGCCACGGAUGGUUGGGAUUUACGUGGGGACAAUCGCGACCGCGUUCGCCAUCGCGCAGUUCGUCACAAACUACUUCUGGGGCUGGCUGUCUGAUCGGGUGGGCCGCAAACCCGUCAUCCUUCUGGGGACCAUCCUCACGGCCGUGGCCUUCGUCGGGUGGGGCUUCUGCAGGACCUUGACACAGGCCAUUGCGGCCCAGGCCUUGAUGGGGCUCGUAAAUGGCAACCAGGGCUUGGUGUCUACGUGUCUGGGUGAGAUCACAGACCGGAGCAACCAGUCCCAAGCCUUCACCUAUCUUCCCGUUCUCUACGGGAUCGGGGCCAUCACGGGCCCCCUCCUGGGAGGCUUGCUCAUCUUCCCCAAUCUGCCGUGGGGAAGUCACGCGCCAAACCCAUACCCGUAUCUCGCCCCCAACCUGGUGGUGGCGGGGAUGCUCGUGGUUGACUUUGUCUUGACGGCAAUCUUCCUGGAGGAAAGCCUGGACGAUGCCGAAGCCUUCCCGAAAUUGGUUCACGAGAGGGUGCACGCCCUCUACGCAUGGCUGUGGCAAUUCAUCAGCUACGCGAAGCGGGCCCGAUUCGUGGAGCCGCCGCACGUCGCCGGCUAUCGACCGAUGCGAGCGUCCGACGAAGCCGGCUCCGAUCACGACAGCGAGCUAGACUCGGCGUCCGAGGCAUCCAACCCGCAGGACACGCCCCGCGAGUCCCUAACCAGCAGCGAGAUCCUCAACCGCGACACCGUCCUGCUCCUCGCAACGUAUCUGAUCUUUGCGCUGUGCAACGUCGCCUUCAGCGCGCUCUUCCCCAUCUUCUCGCAGGCGGCUCCCCCAACCGGCCGUGGCCUGACGCCCCAGGAGAUCGGCCUCGCGCAGGGUUUCUCCGGGCUCGUGACCAUCCUCUUCCAGGUCUGCCUGUUCGGCAAGCUGCGCGAGAAGAUGGGCAACCGCUGGUCCUAUCGGAUGGGGCUCCUGGGAUUCGUCAUCUCCUUUAUAUUGAUGCCGUUCAUCGGCUACAAGGGCCAGGACGGUAAAGCCGGCCAUAUCACGGCCAAGACCGUCUGGAUGGUAGUCGAGCUCUGUUUCGUAUUGCUCAUCAAGACCAUCGCGUCCGUGGGCGGUCUAACCAGUGCUCUCCUAUUGAUCACAAACUCCGCCCCCGACCACGCCGUCCUCGGCGCCCUGAACGGCCUCGCCCAGACCCUCUCCGCCGCCGGCCGCGCCGUGGGUCCCUUCCUCUCAGGCGGUCUCUUCUCCCUCGCGACGCGCAUCAAAAAGGGCGAAGCCCUCGCCUUCGGCGUCUUCGCUGCCGUAUCCUUCGUCGGAUUCGUCAUGAGCUUCGGCAUCCGCGACCGGUCCCUCGAAGCGGACGGCUACGAAAGCGGCAGCGACAGCGAUAACUAUAAAUCCGAUGACGAUGACGAAAACGAAGCCCCGGCUCCGUGA